AGAGAGAGAAGAGAGAGAAGAGAGAGAGAGGGGAGGAGGUUGGACACUCUGUAGCAGCAGGUUUGUGAGCGCAGAAGCCGGAGGAGGAAUCAGAGCGAAAGAAACAGUGUGGCUGCAGCGAGGAAGGAGAGACACAUACAGAGAGAGAAGGACAGAGAGAACGACCUCACCCUUUUGCUGACCCAUGAAAGAAGCCAUGCCGGUCCUCUCAGCAGGCACAGGCCUGCACGAGACUCUGGCCCUGCUGACGUCCCAGCUGCGUCCUGAUGCCAACCACAAGGAGGACAUGGUCUUCCUCAAAGAUGUCUUCAGUGAGAAGAGCCUGGGCUACCUCAUGAAGAUCCAUGAGAAGCUGAGGCAGUACGAGCGCCAGAGUCCUACACCUGUCCUUCACAGCGCCGCCUCUUUGGCUGAGGAUGUGGCAGAGGAGCUGCAGAGUGGACCAAUGAGUGUUGAGGAGAAGGAACUCCUACAGCUGUUGAUGUCCCCCCAUCUCAAGGCAGUUUUGUCCGUUCAUGACACGGUUGCUCAGAAGAACUUUGACCCCGUGUUGCCACCGCUGCCUGACGACUUCGAGGACGAGCUGGAGGAGGAGUCAGUGAAGAUCGUCAGACUGGUCAAGAACAAGGAGCCACUGGGGGCCACCAUCAGACGGGAUGAGACCACAGGGUCUGUGAUCGUGGCCCGCAUCAUGAGGGGCGGAGCUGCAGACCGGAGUGGACUGGUCCAUGUAGGAGACGAGCUACGGGAGGUCAACGGCAUCUCCAUCAUUCACAAGAGACCUGAUGAGAUCAGUCAGCUUCUGUCCCAGUCUCAGGGCUCCAUCACCCUGAAGAUAAUCCCAGCCAUUAAGGAGGAGGACCAUCUGAAGGAGAGCAAGGUCUACAUGAGGGCCCUGUUUGACUACAUCCCUGCUGAUGACAAGGCCACGCCCUGUCAGGAGGCGGGACUUCCCUUCAAGCGAGGUGACAUCCUGCAGGUGGUAACCCAGGACGACCCCACCUGGUGGCAGGCCAAACGGGUGGGCGACAGCAACCUCCGUGCUGGACUCAUUCCCUCCAAACUCUUCCAGGAGAGACGGCUGGCUUACCGGAUAAAAAUGGGCACACUUCCGAAUCCUAAAUCCCCUAAAAAUCCGACCUAUGACCAGGGAUGUGACAAAGAGGACUGUGAUUGUGAGGGCAAUUUCAAUGGACAGUACAUAGUCUCUCCUAAGUGUAAAGCAGUGGCGCCCUCCUGUGGCCAGGUGUUUUCCUGGGAAUUUUAUUCAGCGGGUCUGAGGAGGAGUUUCCGUCUGAGCCGGAAGGACCGGUCAGGAUCCCUCGGAGGAGGGGCCAGCCGCGACCCCACCGAUCCAGACUUUGCCACCUACGAGGAGGUGACUCGCUACCAGCACCGGCCCAACGAGAGACCCCGCCUGGUGGUUCUGAUUGGCUCCCUGGGAGCUCGUAUCAAUGAGCUGAAACAGAAGGUGAUAGCCGAGAACCCACAUCGCUAUGCUGUGGCCGUACCGCAUACCACCAGGCCCAAGAAGCCUCAUGAGAAGGAGGGGGUGGAGUACCACUUUGUCACCAAACAGGCGUUUGACGCAGACGCUCUGAGCAACAAGUUCAUCGAGCAUGGGGAGUACAAGGAGAACCAGUAUGGUACCAGUAUAGAGGCCAUCCGCUCUGUACAGGCCAAGAAUAAGAUGUGCCUAGUGGACGUGCAGCCAGAGGCUUUGAAGACGCUGCGGACAUCUGAGUUCAAGCCCUAUGUCAUCUUCGUCAAGCCACGCGUCCCGGAGAGCAGACGCCGUCGUAGUGCUGCCACCUCACCAGCAGGGGGAGAUCAUGGGCGAGUGACGGAUGAGGACCUGCAGGAAAUGCGUCAGUCAGCCCAGCAGAUGGACCAGCAGUACGGCCACCUGGUCGACCGGGUCCUAAUAAAGGAGGACUCAGCCAGCGCCUGCACAGAACUCCGAGGCAUUCUGGAGCGGCUGGAGCGUGAGACCUUCUGGGUGCCCCUCUGCUGGGUGCGAACCUAACCCCCCUUUCCCCAACCACCACCCUCCAGAGGGGGGAUCACAGCCCCCAGCCCUUCCUCCAGCAGGACCCCUACCCUACCCCCUCAUCCCUUUCCUAAUCUCCUGGAUCCCUUCCCCUUGGCUCCAUGGGCCAGCCUGUGGGGUGUGGAGGAUACUGCCCCAAAACCUGAUACCUGAUGCUGGGCCAGUCACACACUGGCACUAUGGGAGAAUGGCAUGCGGCAAAACCCUUUGGAACAUUUCUGUGUUUGGGAUGUUCAGAGGGAAAGACUGUUGUCCUGGCUACCCCCCCCCCCCCUCCCCCCCACACACACACACACCCGCCCCCACCCCCGCCCCACCCACACACACACGUACAGUACAUGCAAUCCAUUGUUCAAAUUCAGGUUUUUCAGAUAUUUCUUUACGUUUUUUUUGUAUUAUUUAUGUCACUCAGCCAGUCAAUCAGUCAGCCAGUCAGAGAGACAGACAUCUUUAUUGUGGCUCCAUGUGGAGUGUCAUCUGUAGCUUCCUUUGGCCCGCAGUGUCUAGUACUUGAGUUUCCCCCCUUAAUAUAAUAAUACAUGCCAUUUAACACACAUUUUUAACCCAAAGCGACUUCAAGUCAAAAACUGUAUACAGGAAUCCUGCAGGAAAUCCUACACAAUUCCUUCAGAAAGACAACAUGACUGUUUUGUAAGGUUUCCUCACUUCGUGUUUCCUCGCCUAUGUCCGUUGCUCGUUGACACAAUGCAUUCUGAGUGAGGCCUAGCCAUUGUUAUUAUAAUGUUAUUGAAAUGUUAUCCAAAAGCCAAUCCACCUGCUUCCAUUAUACCUGGAGAAUGAGUAUAAAUGCAUACAUAGUCUUAUUAACCAACACACUCUGUAAAUAGUACAGUAGGAUAGAUGUAAUGGUACAGAAAUAUGGAAUGUGAAAUUGAAUAUUAUUUCAUAAUGCUUUUUUUGGAGCAAUUAUUUUACGACUUGGAUGUGCUUUAAGGAAGUGCACGACAGUUGAAUUGUUUAGUCGCAGAUGUAAAUAUUGCACAUGCAAAUCCUACCGUGCCAACGAAUGAUCUCAUAGCACUUCAAUGCAACCUGUUGAACUUCGACCCUAAGUGUCUAAUCCUGUCUAAUCUGCAGUAAGUGUGAUUUACUUCAGUUCUGAGACUCUGGAUGUGUGGAUGUCAUGUACACACACAAGUGCACUAAAACAUGCUAUGCUCCGUUUUGUGUACAUAGGAAUGCCCUUUGUAUAGCUGACAUCAGACACGUUUAAGAUGCAGGUGCAGUGUGGGUAAUAGGGUUUUGGGGAGGGGGUGUUCUAUGGUCCAUCUUGAUAAUCAGGGUCCUUGUUCAAUUAUUCUGUAUGAGUAUUUAUCUACAGGUGAGGACUCUGGUAUUAGUGGGAUAUGGACUCAUCCAAGUGUGAUUGUGAGUUCAAGCCGUCAUUGUAAAUACACACGGAUGUGACGUGUUUCUGUUACGUUACCUUGGUGUUUACAGAAACAACGUUAAAAGCCAUUUCAAGGUUACAAGGUAAUACACAAGAGAGAAACGAUGACUCGCGCUAGUCCAACUCUUGUUACUUGACUGAAGCAGUCAGAAAGGUUUUGUGAAACUCCGCCUGUUCUCAGUCUGUCUAUUGGCUCUGUUGCUCGGGGCUACUGGUGAUCUUGGAGUAGAGGCAUCAAAGCUCUGUGCUCUUUCUUUGUGUGUGGGUGUGGGUGGUUCCGUGCGUGUGUGUGUGUGUGUGUGCGUGCGUGGACUUCAAGUCUUGUUUCAUUGUGGAGAACUGAUCAACUAUUAACAGGUACUUCCAGAUCCUCAUUUCCACCAAUUCUAACCCUGUUCUCUUUCUAACAUGCAACGUGUUCUUAAUCUUUUACUGUGCUACGUAAACCAAGAAACCCCGAAUGUUGACUUUGUAAUGUGACCUGUAUAAAGUGCCAUAGUAAAACCAGAUGAACCAA